AUGUCGGAGACCAUUAGUGCCAAACGCCAUGCUCGCUCACUCAUGGGCGAACGAAUACGGAAAUCAGGCACUGACGCAGAGGCCAAGCAAGCCGUUCUCAACGAUGCCAAGGCCCUCAAAGCUGAAAUUGCAGUGCUCGAGGAUCAGCUAGAGGAACUUGACAGCCAAUUAUUCACUCUUGCCUUGGCCAUUCCUAAUGACACUCAUCCAGACGUACCCAUUGGUCCGGAGUCGGAAAGUGUUAUCUUGUCUACUCACGGACCCGAUCCUCUACCUGCAUCAUCCGUAAGGGAUCACGUUUCAAUCUGUCGUACGCUCAACCUGCUCGACAUUGAAGCAGGGGCCACUGUCACUGGAUCGUCGUGGUACUAUCUGAUCAACGAAGGCGCGCUUCUUGAGCAGGCUCUCAUCAACUACGCUCUGAGCAUUGCUCUCAAGCAUGGUUUCACGCCAGUGACAACCCCCGAUGUUGUUCGAGCUGACAUCGCAAGUCGAUGCGGGUUUCAGCCACGCGACCAUAAUUCAGAUCCUCCAACCUCACAAAUGUACCAUCUCGCCUCCUCUCACACCGGGUCACAUCAUCCAGAGCUUGUCCUCGCAGGUACAGCGGAGAUCCCUCUGGCCGGGAUGUUCGCGAAUAAGAUACUGCAACCCGACGAUUUACCGCGCAAGUUGGUUGGUCUCGGUCGAGCAUUCCGUGCAGAGGCAGGAGCUCGAGGUACUGAUACGCGGGGUCUAUAUCGAGUGCAUCAGUUCACAAAGCUAGAGCUAUUUGUUGCUUGUGAAGCCCGUGCCAGCGAAGCCAUUAUGGAACAGCUCAGGCAACUGCAGAUAGAGAUCUUCGAGGGUCUAGGCUUCCCAUUCAGGGUUCUUGACAUGCCAACGGAGGAGCUCGGCGCAAGUGCCUAUCGUAAAUAUGACAUAGAGGCUUGGAUGCCUGGUCGUGGAAGUUGGGGAGAGAUCUCCUCCACUUCGAAUUGUACCGACUAUCAAGCUCGUCGACUACACAUUCGUCAUCGCCCGCUGAUUUCUGCUGAGCCGGGGCCCUCCCUGCCGUUCGCGCAUACACUGAACGGGACAGCAGCUGCAAUUCCCCGACUCAUCAUCGCUCUCCUCGAGAAUGGCGCAGAAUUUGGUUUGGAGGGAUCGCUGAGGAGAAUCAAUCUACCGAUUGCUCUACAGCCGUUCUGGAUCGGAGGGAGCAAGCGGGAACUGAUCCAAUGGGUGUAA